AUGGCUGCAUCAACUACUACUACUACUGCUACUGCUACUGCUACUACUAUCAAUACAAACGAAUCACCAAACGAUUUAUGCCGAUAUUUUCUUUCAAAUAUGUGUCGUUAUGGUGAUAAAUGUUUUUAUUCACACGAUCGAUCAAAUAAUCAAUCGAAUAAUAUCUGUCGAUAUUAUUUGAGAGGUAAAUGUAUGUAUGGAGAUCGAUGCAGAUAUGAACAUACAAGACCAAAACCACAUUUAUCUUUUUCUUCUACCGAGCCAAUAACAAAUUCAUUUCAACAAAACUUUAUCAACGAUAAACCUCAAUCUUUCACUGAAACUCAAAAUAAAGAAUCAACGAGCUAUGCAAAUACUUAUUAUGAACCGUCCAUUUCUCUCGAAAAAUAUAAAGAAAAUCCUUCGACUUUUAAACUUCAAUCAUUAUGUCCUUGUGCUGAAAAAGAUGGAUAUUGUGAAGAAUUAGAAGCUGGACGUCAUUGUCCAUAUAUGCAUUUCGAUAAAUGUGAUCUUUGUGAAUUACUAGUAUUAGAUCCAACAAAUGAAAAACAACGCGAACAACAUCGUCUAGAAUGUUUGGAGAAACAUGAAGCUGAUUGUGAAGAAGCGUUUGCAGCUCAACGUAGUCAAGAUAAAAAAUGUGGUAUUUGCCUUGAAACAGUAUGGGAUCGAGAUGGUGAUAAACGUUUCGGACUAUUGGAAAAUUGUGAUCAUAUUUUUUGUCUGGAAUGUAUAAGAAAAUGGCGUUCAUCAGCAAGUUAUGAAUAUAAAGUUGUUAAAGCUUGUCCGGAAUGUCGAACAAAAUCAGAUUUUAUAACACCAAGUAAAUAUUGGCCAGAAAAUGAUCAAGCAAAAAAUAAUUUAAUUCAAGCUUAUAAAGAAAAUCUCCAAAAAAUUCAUUGUAAAUUUUUUAAACGUGGUGAUGGUUUAUGUCCAUUUGGUUCAAAAUGUUUCUAUUUACAUGUUGAUAAACGUGGACAAUAUGUUCAAUUAGGUCCACCACGUCGUCGACAACGUAUGAAUAUUCGUGGUGAAUUAGAAAAUUUUUCUGAUGUAUUUAUGAUAUCAGUUUUUUCACCAAUUGAUGUUGGAAGAUUUUUUGAUGAAUUUGAUCAUUUAUUUGAUGAUGAUGAUAUUGAAUCAUUUAUAUCGUAUUUAACAGAUGAUGAAGAUUUUCGUUUUGUUAAUGAAAAUGAUUUAACGGACAAUGACGAGGAUUUUCAAAUAUGGCAUUAA